GGUCAUUUCGAUUAUAAAUAGCUAACUUCCGACCAGUUUCAAUCAAUCAAAACAAAAAUGGCGGAAGAUGACGAAAUAGAUAUUUUAGGCGAUUUUAAUUUAGAUAACUUUUUAACAAAGGGCGAUUCCGGCAUUUAUGAAAACUCUUCGCUUGUGUCCCAAAACUCCGAUCUCCUGAACUGUGAUUACACAAUCCACCCGCAGUGGCUUUUGGACAAACCUAGCGCUAACCCGGACUGCUGGUACGAUAACAGUUCAGUUUUGUCGCCUGGGCUUUCAGAAAAACCCGAUUUUGGGGGCAGCGAUGACGCUCUGGGGCACGUCUCCACCGAAAACUCCAUUUCAGACGAGAGCGGGUGGACGGAAAAGGAGAAGAAUUUGCUGGAACGAGGGAUUGAGAUUUUUGGGAAGAGCAAUGUUAGGCUGUCGCAGUUUAUCGGCUCUCGGACGCCGGCUGAAGUGAAAUAUUACCUUAAAAAUUUUUACUUGGAGGCGCAAACUUCGUAUAAUGGCUUUAACACUAGAGUGGAGGACAUGAAUAUUGUCAAUAAUUUGGUUUCGGAUAUUUUGGAUGAUACUCAGAUUCCUGCGAGUAUUGAGGAGGUAAUCGCAGCUGUGAGCACCGCAAAGCCCACAGUACCCAUAAAGCAGGCGCGCAAGAAGAAAUUUUCGUUUAGUAGCAUUGAGGAUGAAGAUUUAUCACAAGGGGCUAGUCCCUCGUUAAAAAGUAACGUUAAGGAAGGUGCGGCUAAGUUGGACCAAAAGAGGAAAAUUAAGAAUAAACUGAAACGUCCAGUGAAAUUUAAAAUCAGGACAAAACUAAAGUUUCCAAUGCAUAACGUCAAACAGAAAACUGUUAAAAUUAUGAACCAGGAAAAUAAGAAAACUGAGAUAGGGAGGGUUGAGAUCACCACUGGGAGAGGGUUAGCUGUGCCAAUCUGUGAAGGCGAGGAAAUCGUGAAAAUAAGCAAAGACGAUUCCGAUUCAGACGUAGAGAUUGAUGUUGAAGAUUCUGACGAAGUUAAACCCGAAAUUAAAGUAAAUAAAUGCGUCACUGAAUUACCCAACACUGAAAUUAAGGAAAAUGAUAUUUGUGAAAGCUACUCAAAGCCGCAAAAAAUAACAAUAGAUUUAUCAGUAUUAGACGAGUCGCUUGUGACCGAACUUACAACUUUGGAAACGCCACAAUCGGAAGUUAACUUCAAGGAAAAUUCUAUCACGGAACUAGAGAAGGUGGUUCAUAGCGAGUUUUUCGAGGGACGACCCACUAAAACACCGUUGCGAUAUCUCAAAAUACGGAAUCAUAUAAUUAAUUGUUGGCUCACGUCGAAGCCUUCCUACGUUACGAAGACUUCGAUUCGGCAAGGUUUACGAAACUGUGGCGAUGUUAACUGUUUGGGACGCAUUCAUUGUUAUUUGGAACAAAUUGGCGCAAUUAAUUACGGAUGUCCACAAACAAAUUACGUUCGCCCAUUAAUUGAUGUGUUUCAAAGUGUUGCAAAUAAGAACGAAAAAAACUUAAAAGAUGCCAAAAAUCAAGUUAAACAGAACAUUGAAUUGGGGUGUAGGCCGAGGGUUAAGCGGAAAUUUGCUAAUGACGGGGAAGGGGGCUGUACUCUCACCCACGACGAGAAAGGAGACGUCAUAAACACCACCAUAGUGAACGAAGAGCCAGCCAAACCCAAACUGUCCAUCAAACGGCCCACAAUACGCCUCAUCUAUUGUCGAAAUUUCCCCGAGCAAAAAUACAAGCUCCGGAUGCACCUCACAACCCUCCUUUUGAUGGACUUCCACGCCCACACAUCCCUCACCGAGGUCAUGGGUCUGGUUGCUGGGACUUGGAACCCGACCAAAAAAAUUCUGACCAUUUCUCAUUACGAACCGUGCCGGAAUAUCGCGUCCUCGGCCACGCAUUGCGACAUGUGCCCCAUUUCGCAGUCAAAAGCCGCCGAAUUGAUCCACAAUCGGGGGCUGGACGUCUUGGGGUGGUUUCACUCGCACCCGACGUUCGCCCCCGAGCCGUCACAGCAGGACCUGGAGACGCAACAAGACGUUCAAAUGUGGAUUGGGAGCAAAUCCCCGUGUUUGGGUGUGAUUUUGUCGCCGUUUAGCGCACAUGGGGCCCUGAUUGCGUCCCCCUUUCGGUGCAUGGUGGUGGACAAGAAGGAGAAUUUUGAGGACCAGUUCGUGCCUUACAAAUUUCAAGUCGAUGUGGUUGCAAUCGAGGCGGAUUUUGACCGGUUUUUCAGCGAUUUGGGUCGAAUUUUUCAUUUCUCGAAGUCAAACGAGGGGAAAAUCGACUUCGGCAAGCCGUACUUUCAGGAUAAUUCCAUAAGUUAUUUAGAGAAGUAUAUCACUAGUGUGAGGAUGCAUUUAGCUAAGUGUGGCAGUUUGAAUAAGAUGACUUGUGAUUACAUUAUCGAGAAUAUCUCAAAUAUUUGUGCGAAAUAACAAGGUGUAAGAAUUCGUGGCUUUAUUUAUUAAUAAAUUCAGAUUUUUUCAAGUG